CUUGCGAUUUGUGUUAAAUUUAGUAACACAUUUACCUUGUAUUCUGCAAAUAUAUUCACACAAGCCUUAUGUGUUGAAGACACAAUUAUAUUGUGUUUUAGGACACAACACGACUGGGUUAACACAUUUGUAAAUUGACACGUCUGUGACGGGUCAAAAAAUGCAUGAUGCAGGGUACACAAGAAAGCCUAGUUAACACGCUCUGCCUGUGCGUUUUUAGUCGUUUUUUGUGUCAUUUUGUUUUCAGUGUGGAUCUGCACAUGAAACGUGCCAAAAUGUAUUUCAUUUCGGCAUCAAACUUCCGAUUGUCCUUAGAAGUUAGAAGUCACCAUAACGGUACAGUUCCAAAACAUGAAAGGCUGUUUUAGACUCAAUAGUCAAUGUCAAUACAAAUUAGCUUGAGAGAAGGUUACCCUAUAUGUAGCUUGCUAUGUACCUACAUAGCUAUGCUAUGUAUGUAGCUAUAAGCUAAUAACUAUUUUUGCCUACCUACAUUAAGCAAAGCUCAAUAUUCUGUCUUCAUACGUUCCUUUUCUACAUUGUCGUGCUCUUCCGUGUGUUUCCUGCCUUCUGUUCCUUGAAACAGUAGUUUCGUGUGCUUCCACUUCCGAUCGUAAUAUCAGACAUUAGAGAUUCAAGGUCGGAUACUGAAUUGUCGGUUCGCAUACGCCGGAGGCCGAUGUGCGAGUGGCAAUUGGACGCUCACUUUCACCUUCAGAGUCGCCACGGAAUGUGACGAUAAAAAUCGCGCCUACCUGUUUGUCGCCUGUCCGUCGCCGAACCGAACGUCACCGUUCAAAUCGCAGCUGCUUGGUAUACGCUUACCUGAGGUAUGUGAUUUAGAUGUGAUGCCCCAGUGACAUUUGACGUGCUGCUUUUAAGCAAUGCUGCCGAGAGGAUAAGACUGUGUGCGGGCUUAUAACUUUUGAGAAAUGAUUCUGCCUGUGUAGUUGAAGAUGAUAGCUGAAGAUAGCACGUCUUGUGCGCAUUACUAAUUACGCAUUACGAAUCUUGUGCUCAUUACGAGUCUGAGAAUUGAAUAUCAUUUCAACUAAUGUAGCUUUGCUUCAGCUGCAGCCUUCAAAUACCUAAUUUUUUUAUUUGCUUUGAUUCAUUUUUAAAUCCGCCUUUUCUUCCUCACCAAAGUCGCAUUGGCAACAGGGGUCAGUUGAUUUCCAAAGUGUAACCCAAAGCCGAGCUUGGCCUUGGCAUAGGUUGUGUGGGCCCGGUAUGCCUGCUGAUUCAACUGGCCUCUGUGCCGAACUGCUGUUAUCGGCAAACAGCGAACAACACGCUCGUCAAGAGCGGGCUCAGCGGACCCUGGCCUUUUGUCGGGCACGGGUUGUGUCUGGUCAUGGGGUGCCAAUGGGUGCUGCGCGCUCCGGAGCCCCGGCCAGCUCGGCCGCGGGCCGCAGUUCGCUCCCGUGGUCCUCCCAGAGGCUCCGGCAGCUCAGUCAGUGCAGGGAGCCGCCGCCCGAGGCACCAGGAUCUGUCCGAGGCCGUCCGACGCGGCCAUAAAUCGUCAUGGGUGACGAUAACGGCCAGAUUAUUGAGAAGGAUCAGAAUGGCAACGGCGAGCCUCGGGCGAGAUGGGGUAACCGUAUCGAGUUCCUGCUGUCCUGCAUCGCCAUGUCGGUGGGACUGGGCAACGUGUGGAGAUUUCCAUUCACUGCCUACGAGAACGGCGGCGGCGCCUUCCUUCUGCCGUAUCUAUUCGUGCUGAUGACCAUAGGAAAGCCGAUGUACUUCAUGGAGUUGGCCUUGGGGCAGUUCUCAUCACACGGGAGCGUCAAGGUCUGGAGCGUUGUGCCAGCACUUAAAGGGGUCGGGUACGGCCAGCUAACGGCCACGUCCGCCGUGCUCUCCUACUACGUGGCGCUGAUGGCGCUCACGGUGUUCUACUUUUUCGCCUCGUUCUCGUCUGUAUUGCCGUGGAUGGUGUGCGACCCGAGCUGGGCCGACCUGACGCGCUGUGUCGACCCCACCACCAACCUGUCCCAGCUCACCAGCAACGACACCAUGGGAUCCACCGAAAUGUACUUCCAGAUGAACGUUCUAAAGGAGCUGCCCAACAUUGACCACGGUAUCGGUCUGCCCUGCUGGAAGCUGACACUCUGCUUCCUCUUCUCCUGGCUAGUCGUGUUCCUCACCAUGGUGAAGGGCGUGCACAGCUCCGGAAAGGUCGCAUACUUUACUGCCAUCUUCCCAUACGUCGUGCUGAUCACUCUCCUGAUCAGAGGGCUGACGCUCCCCGGGGCCUACGAUGGAGUCGUGUUUUACAUCAAACCGAGAUGGAACGAACUGCUCAACGCUAGAGUGUGGUACGCGGCCAUCACCCAGUCGUUCUACUCACUCUCCAUCGGGUUCGGACCACUGGUCAUGUACUCGAGCUACAACGACUUCAGAGACCCCGUCGCCAGAGACGCAGCCAUCAUCAGCGUGGCGGACAUGCUGACCUCACUGCUGGCCGGGUUCGUCAUAUUCGGCAUUCUGGGUAACCUGGCUCACGAGCUGGACACCACGGUGGACCAGGUCAUCAAGGGCGGCGGCACGUCGCUGGCCUUUGUCUCGUACCCGCAGGCGCUGGCCAACUUCCCCGGGGUGCCGCAGCUGUUUGCCGUCCUGUUCUUCCUGAUGUUGUUCACGCUGGGCGUGGGCUCGGCCACCGCCCUCACCGGCUGCGUCAUUACCAUCCUUCGAGAGGAGUUCCCCAGUGUCAGCCAGCUGGCGGCCACCACCAUCGUGUCUGUGGGAGGGUUUCUUGUCGGACUCGUCUACAUUACACCGGGAGGUCAGUUCAUCCUGAACCUGGUGGACUUCUUUGGAGGCGGAUUUAUCGUGUUCAUCCUGGCGACUCUGGAAGUUGUGGCUAUCCAGUGGGUUUACGGCAUCAACAACUUCUGUGACGACCUGGAAUUUAUGACUGGCGCUCGUCCCAACUGUUAUCUGAAGUUUUGCUGGAUGUUUUUCAUCCCACUGGCUCUCAUGGCCAUCUUUAUCUACUCAGUGGCUACCAUGCAACCUCUGACGUACGGCAAAGUCGGGUACCCGGACAGCGCAAUGAUCUGCGGCGCACUGCUCAUCCUUCUGACUCUUCUCAUGCUGCCGGUCUGCUUCGCCCGGGAGGUCUACAGGGCGAAUGGAAUGACCCUUCUGGAGCGCGUGCGGUCGACGUUCCAGCCGGCAGCGGACUGGGGUCCGGCAGAAAACGAGCAACGCAAAGAGUGGCUGCAGGCCACCGGCCGAAAGGACCCACUGGCCGGCCGGGAGUCGCACCGCCGGCCGCGGCCGCCGCUCCAGCCGCGUCGCCCCAGCUACCGGCCCGGCCCCGAGCCCACCUACCGACACAGUGUGGCGUUCGCAGUGCCGCCGCCGGUCCUGGAGCGUGACCAGCGCCGCCUGGCGGAGUUAACGAGAAGACACAGUGCGCCGCACCGCUCGCUAGGUGGAGGGUAUGUGAAUGAAGCUGUGACCGGCAGUCGUACGGAUGUGGCCGAUGAACGUGUGUGAGCGGAUCGUCAGAGGGGAUGUCGACAUUCGACAGGUGUAUUUCAAGGUCAGUGAGUCCGUGUACUCGAGUCGGCUUGGUAGCUAGAUGUACAGCACUACAGAAAGGCUGGAAGGGGGCGAAGUCGAUUUAGUGGCUAAGCAGUGCACGAUGCGUGGUGCGCAUGAUGCAUCUCGUUCCGUCGUUUUCAUCCUCACGAUGUUGAAAUCCUCCUCCACGCCGCAACCCCCACUCCGGGCUGGACAGGCAACUUUAUCUCAUGUGGGCUGCUCCCUUGGAGCGGCACCGCUGCUCCCGAGGGAGCGCACCCCGUAGGCGGGUGUAGAGAGUGUUUGGGGCUCGUCGGCCUGCCCAUUCGGACGAGCUCAGCCCCGGUGACUCUCAUCUCUAAGGUGUCUGCCCAGACCAACGUCUCCCCCUAAUUCAUACCAUCCUUCCGGCUCUGAAAUGGUCUUGUCAGACCGAAAGGGCCUUACCCAGCAAAACAAAACAUCAGCAUGAUACAUGAAGUGUAGCUUGUAGUAAUCGAAACAGAAGGGCCAAUGUUGCAAAAAUAGUCGAAUUUAGAGCUGACGUUUACAGUGGCUGUGCUGAAUGCCCUUCUGUAGGGCUCUCUGUUUCUGUAACUUUAUUUAUGGAAAUAAAUUCGCUUUCAUUCGGUUA